AUGGAGAAGGAUAUUGAAGCAAUGUCGGCGAGCCCUAGCGGCAGCACCGACUUAUCCCAAGGAAAGGUUGAAUUUCCUCCCGCACCCACCGCAUUCGGUCGCUUCGUGGACAGUUUCAAACGGAAUCCACAUGCUCGGGUCACGACUCAGGCCAUCGAUGCCAAUGGCAGGGUGCUCCCAGAUCAGCCUCCCGCCGAGCCAGCUUUGGCGAUGAAGCUGAAGGGCCGCCAUCUCCAGAUGAUUGCAAUUGGUGGUUCCAUCGGGACUGGGCUCUUUGUGGGCUCUGGGUCGGCACUUGCCAACGGAGGCCCUGCAUCACUGGUUAUUGCGUAUGGUCUCAUAGGCAUCACGUUGUACUGCACCACUCAUGCUCUUGGUGAACUUGCGGUGCAGUACCCUGUAGCUGGUGCAUUCUCCGUUUAUGCCAGCCGAUUCGUGGAUGAGGCCUGGGGCUUCGCAAUGGGUUGGAACUACGCGCUCCAAUGGCUUGUUACUCUUCCUCUCGAGAUUGUCGCCGCGUCUCUUACACUCGAGUUCUGGCCCGGCAGUCGGGACGUUAACGGGGCUGCCUGGGUGACUAUAUUCCUGGUGGCCAUUAUUCUUAUCAACUUCUUCGGCGUCAGAGGUUACGGCGAAGCUGAGUUCGUCUUCUCGAUCAUAAAGGUCAUCGCCGUCAUUGGUUUUAUCAUCCUCGGCAUCAUCAUCAAUACUGGGGGUGUCCCAGGUGACCACCGAGGCUAUAUCGGCGCCCGCUACUGGUACGAUCCAGGCGCUUUUAACCAUGGAUUCAAGGGCUUGUGCUCCGUAUUUGUCACCGCUGCCUUCUCCUUCAGUGGAACCGAGUUGGUGGGCCUCGCAGCUGCUGAGACUGAGAACCCUCGCAUCGCGUUACCUACGGCUGUGAAGCAAGUCUUCUGGCGGAUUGCACUGUUUUACAUGGUCUCCCUUACCAUCGUGGGCGUCCUCGUCCCCUACAAUGACCCGCAACUACUGAACGGCAGCUCCUCAUCGGACGCCAACGCCUCUCCAUUCGUCAUUGCUGUCCGCAACGCCGGUAUUGAUGCGGUUCCUUCCAUCAUGAACGUCGUCAUCCUCAUUGCAGUCCUGUCCGUUGGAAACUCCUCCGUUUAUGGCUCCAGCCGGACUCUGGCUGCGCUUGCGGACAUGGGACAAGCUCCUAAGAUACUGGGCUACGUCGACCGUGAAGGCCGUCCAUUGGUUGCCAUUAUUGUUUCUUCUCUCUUCGGAUUUCUGUGUUACAUUGUCGCGGCUGGUCCGGACACCUCAACUCAAGCAUUCAAUUGGAUGAUUGCAAUCAGUGGUCUUGCUUCGAUUUUCACCUGGGGCACUAUCUGUUUAUGCCACAUCCGCUUCCGCAGCGCCUGGCGCCUUGCUGGCCGUUCCUUGGACGAACUCGCUUUCAAAUCACAAGCCACCGUGUACGGCUCGUGGAUAGGCUUGGCAAUGAACAUUCUGAUUCUUAUUGCGCAAUUCUGGACCGGCUUCGCACCCGUUGGCUAUGCCGACAUGUCUGCCUCAGAAUUGGUGGAGAAUUUCUUUGAGGUCUAUCUCGCAGCACCUAUCGUCAUUGCCAUGUAUUUUGGCUAUAAGCUGGUAAUGAGAACCAAGAUCCGAAGGAUCAGAGAGAUUGAUAUCACGAGCGGACGGAGAGAAAUUCAUAAUCUCAGGGAGAUUCUAGAGGAGGAACGCAGAAUUCAAGCUACCUGGCCAUGGUGGAAGAAGAUCUGGAAGACGGUCUGCUAG